AUGCUUCCUAAUGAUCCAGACCCCGAGAAGCCCCUCCACUGCAUCAAAUGUCUCCAUGGACCAAGUCUUCAUUGUGGUUCUAUGGCCGAGGAGAAGGAGGACUCUGUUGAUGACAUUCUGCACAGCCUUAUGAAGAAGCCUAAGUCAGGUAAUCAGUUGCAAGCCUUCAAAGAUGCGCAUCAGGAGUCGGAAGCAGGACUCACAAGGAAAUUCAAGGAGUCAGCAGGGAAGGGGAAAGUGAAGCAGAAGGGAAAAGGAAAAGCCAAACUUGCCAACAAAUCCAGUGCGAUCUUUAAGGUACUGGUGAUCAUCGUCAAUCCUGAAGGGGUUUACUAUGAUAGUUCUGGAAAUGUUCAACUUGUUGAAGAUCGUGUUCCUGAUAAGAUCGCUAUCCAAUUAGCAGUUAAGGAUGGCCUGGCUUAUCAAGAAGACAAUGGAACUGAGCUGCAGAUGGACUGGUCGUCCGAAGAAGUAAACAAUGCCUUUCGCAGAUUCUUCCCAAAAUUUUUCGACUACCUUGAUAAUAAGCCUGAUGAUGUGUCAGAUGGUGAUGAGGAUGCAGCGGCUGUCUUGCUGCCGUGGUUCCUGUGCUUACCCUCAAAAGCACCAAAAGGUCGUCGUCUCAAGAUUGUGCCGAAUUUUGCUCCAACUGGAAAUGCUUUGUAUUUCAACAAAGGAAUGAGCAAGGCGAGCUAUAGCGAAAGCUUCAUUUUCAUCGCUACCCGCGACCCACUGCCCAACUCCCUUCUGAAAUCACUCCAAGGUGGCAAAGACAUCCUGUUCCAGCAAUCAAGGGACAAGAGUCGAGAUAGGUGUAAGGAGUUGUCUACUUCGUUGCAGGCUGUGCUUGUCACUCAUUCACUCUCAUUCCAAUCCAGAUGCGGAGGAUGA